CCCGGAGCGCCGCCCCGCGCCGCCAGGGGGAGCCCUGGGGCCGCGCGGGCGGGCGGGCGCCUUCCUGCCGCCCGGGCCGGGCCGGGCCGGGCCGAGCGGGACCGGGUCGGGGAGGAGGGGCCGGGCCGGGGCGGCUGUACUUGCGCUGCCCGCGGCGGGGCCCUGCCCGCCGCCGCCGCCGCCCGUGGUCCCGCGGCCGGUGGCCAUGAUCGCCGGGCAGGCCGCGGGGGAGCCGGCGGCCGCGGCGGCGCUGCCCAGGGUGCUCUCGGCGCUCUUCUACGGGACGUGCUCCUUCCUCAUCGUGCUCGUCAACAAGGCCCUGCUCAGCGCCUACAGCUUCCCAUCACCAAUAUUUCUUGGAAUUGGACAGAUGGCAGCCACCAUACUUAUCUUGUAUGUGUCAAAAUUAAAUAAGAUUAUUCAUUUCCCUGAUUUUGACAAAAGUAUACCUGUAAAGUUGUUUCCUCUGCCUCUGAUUUAUGUUGGAAACCACAUAAGUGGAUUAUCAAGUACCGGCAGACUCAGUUUGCCGAUGUUUACAGUGCUCAGGAAGUUUACCAUUCCACUUACAUUACUGCUGGAAAUCAUCAUACUUGGGAAACGAUAUCCACUAAGUAUUAUAGUCAGCGUAUUUGCUAUCAUUCUCGGGGCCUUCAUAGCAGCUGGGUCUGAUCUAGCUUUUAAUCUGGAGGGCUACACCUUUGUAUUGCUAAAUGAUAUCUUCACAGCAGCAAAUGGAGUUUACACAAAGCAGAAAAUUGACCCAAAGGAGUUGGGAAAAUAUGGCGUCCUUUUCUAUAAUGCUUGUUUUAUGGUGGUUCCAACAGUUAUUAUUAGUUUUUCUACUGGAGACUUUCAACAGGCAACUGAUUUCCAGCACUGGACAAAUUUUUUGUUCAUCUUUCAAUUUCUUCUUUCUUGUUUUUUGGGGUUUCUCCUGAUGUAUUCUACUGUCCUAUGCAGUCAUUACAAUUCUGCACUUACAACAACAGUGGUUGGUGCCAUCAAGCUGGCAAAACGUGGACUAAAUAUAGUUAUGAUAAGCAGAACUCUUGAAAAACUUCAGAGAGUAGCCACUGAAGUUGAGCAGGCCACAGGUCAAAAGGUGAAGAUUAUACAAGCUGAUUUCACUGAAGAUUCAGUAUAUGAGAAUAUUGAAGAAAGUCUUGAAGGCUUGGAAAUUGGUGUUUUGGUUAACAAUGUUGGAAUGCUUCAUAAUCCUCUUCCGUGCCGUUUCCUUAAUGGACCAGACAUAGACGAGAGCCUCAUCAAUUGCAACAUUAUUUCUGUUACAAAGAUGACACAAAUAAUUUUGAAACAAAUGGAGCCACGACAGAAAGGUCUUAUUCUGAAUCUGUCCUCUGGUCUGGGUACUUUCCCUUGUCCAUUAUACACAAUGUACUCAGCUUCUAAGGCUUUUAUAUGCACUUUUUCCAAAGCACUACGAGCAGAAUAUAAGGAAAAGGGAAUUAUCAUACAGGUGGUGGCUCCUUAUGGUGUUUCUACUCCAAUGACAAUGCACCAAAAACCUAGUCUUAUCACAAAGACAGCAGAAGAGUUUGUUAGUGAAUCACUGGAUUAUGUCACCUCUGGAGAUGAGAUUUUUGGAUGCUUAGCCCAUGAAAUAUUGGCGUGCAUCCUGCAGCUCAUCCCUUUAUGGGUAUUCCACAGUGACAGACUUCAAGAAACAGUCCUGCAUGUAUUUACCAGGUAUCUGAAGAAGAGGUGGAGGAACCCCUAAGAGAGUGAUUUUUGGGGAAGACGUGCAAGUGACAAUCCCCGUGGGAUGCAUUUUGCAAUGCCUGUGUGUGUUUGUGUGAGGAAUCAAAUCAGUUUGAGACAUAACUCUGUCCAGAUCACUUACCAAGGAUAAUUUGAUCCAGUGAAUUUAUUGAGUACAUUCAUUAGCAUCCCUCUCCAAAGACCAUAAAAUUUGCAAGUGAUGUUCCAGUGACUUCUAUGGGCUCUAGAUAGGUUGUAAGAAAUGCCGCUGCUGUUACUAUUCUAACAUAAGCGUGGAGGCCACAGAUACCUGCACUUAUUUGAUGUUCACAAAUAAAACAACCAUUUGCUUUA